AUGCAAAAGCUUAUCACUGAAAAAGGAAAACCAAUGCUUCUUUAUGACAGUUAUAUCUACACUGUAGAACGUACCAUAACAACAAAAUUAAUUUUUCGAUGCCAAAAUCGUGAUUCGCGUUGUCACACCAAUUUAUCCAUGAACGCAUUUCUUUCCCAACCAACAUCACAUUCUCAUGCUCUCCAACUUGAUCGUAUUCCGGCUAUUCAAUUACACAACGAAAUUAAAGCUCGCACUGCAACGACAGAUGAAUCUACCAGCUCAAUUCUUCAUUUGGCCUUACGAACAUAUCCUCUAAGUGCUGCUGGUGCAAUUCCAAAAUUUGACACACUUAUGCUCAUAAUCCAACAACAAAGAACUGCUGAAACAGUCAAUGCUGGUGGUCGUUUACCAGAAAAUUUAAAGAAGACAUAUCGUGGUGAAGAUUUCAUCUUACACCAAGAUGAACAUUUAAUUAUCUUCACAACAAAAACUAAUUUAUCAAUUCUGAAACAAAAAAAACAUUGGUUCGCUGACAGAACAUUUAAGGUGAGCUAUUAA